UAUAACGCGGCUUCGCUAUCGUCGGUCUCAGUCGCCGCACGUCGAGAUAGGGGGUUACGUCGGCGUUUCGCCCGCCGCUCGAAGAAGAGACAUCGGCCACGAAAUGGCAUCGAAAAACACCAUGGACUCGGAUUGCAUGACGCUGACGAGAUUCGUGCUGGCGGAGCAGCGCAAGGUGCCAACGGCGACCGGUGAUCUCACGCAGCUGUUGAACAGCAUACAGACUGCCGUGAAAGCCGUCAGCUCGGCCGUGAGGAAGGCCGGUAUCGCUAAUAUGUACGGCAUCGCCGGCAAUACCAACGUUCAGGGCGAGGAAGUUAAGAAGCUGGACGUCCUGAGCAACGAGCCCUUCAUCAACAUGCUGACGUCCUCCUUCACCACGUGCGUGCUCGUGAGCGAGGAGAAUCAGAACGCCAUCGAGGUGGAAACGGAGAAGAGCGGCAAGUACGUCGUGUGCUUCGACCCGCUCGACGGUUCGUCCAACAUCGACUGCCUGGUCUCCGUCGGCUCGAUCUUCGGAAUUUACAAAAAACCCGAACGAUCCGGGGAAUCCACGCUGCAGGCCGCGCUGCAACCGGGACAGAACUUGGUCGCGGCCGGAUACGCGCUGUAUGGCUCGGCGACUAUGAUAGUGCUCUCGAUCGGGCAUGGCGCUAAUGGAUUCACGUACGAUCCGGCCAUCGGGGAAUUUAUACUGACCGAGAGGAACAUGCGUAUGCCCGACAGAGGAAAUAUCUAUAGUAUUAAUGAGGGCAACGAGAGCACGUGGGACUCGUCUAUCAAGGAGUAUAUACAUUCCAAGAAAUAUCCCGCAACCGGGAAAGCCUACAGUGCCAGAUACGUAGGCUCCAUGGUCGCCGACGUACACCGAACGAUUAAGUACGGCGGUAUCUUUUUGUAUCCCGCGAGCAAGAGCAAUCCCAACGGCAAGCUGCGGCUUUUAUACGAGUGCGUUCCGAUGGCUUUUAUAGUGAAGGAAGCGGGAGGUCUGGCGACAAAUGGAAAAAUUGGUAUUCUGGACAUCGUUCCGGAAAACAUCCAUCAGAGAUCACCUAUUUUCCUAGGCUCCAAGGAUGACGUUAAUGACGUAAUGACAUUUAUCAAAAAUAAGACCGACUGAUGAAAACGAAGAGUCUCUUUCGAUCUAUUUACACGAUCAAAUCUCGAUUAUACCUCUUUUAUAUGACGGAUUGUUAUUUUACAACAUAUUUUACAAUAAAUUAAUUUUGUAUCACA